GCGCUAACUUACAAAUGUAUGUUUGUAUCACCAUACUAGUACAUUUAAUUGAACCUUACAUAAAGUACUUUACACACGGUAAUUAUAGUGAAAGGCCUUAACUUUUACUAAUCUACCUAGGUUAUUUUUCUUGCCCAACAUCUCCGCUCCCUUUCUCAAAGAGAACCUCGCAGAUUUAAUUUGUAAUCCAAACAUACCCUCACUUCGACUUCUACUCCCACUUUAUAAUCAAGUACGAAACGGCGAGAGUUUUUCUGGUGUAAUUCUGAAGGUUCCACCACUAACAAAGAAGCCUUUGAUUUUGGUUGCCCCUCAUUCGUACUGACGUACCCCGCGAUAAAAAUUACAUCGUCGACAUUAUUGCCUCCCUCUAUUGACCAACAAAAAUAUUCUCGCCAUACUACCGUAGUUUCACAACGAGUCAGCGCAGGGAGCGCAUCGAUCUUUCACGAUGUCGCCCUCUAUCGUUACAAUCGACAACACUUCAGACUUCGACGUCUUCACGCCGAGUUCCAACACAACCCAGAAUGGCUCCUCUACGCCUCGAACCCUCCUUCUAGCCCCUCCCUCGAUCGCUAGUCACGAAGAGAAAUUACACGAAGUUCUAGCCGCACACGAUCGAUCUGUCACCGACUUGCAAAUGCUUGACCGCCUCUCUGCCGGCUUAGUCAAUCUCCCCGACUCCACGUACGACCUCAUUCUAGUCCUGACCGACGCCGACGGAACCCGAUCCGAAUCCACACUCCUACUCGAUCGAGAGGUGUUUUCCAAGAUCGUACCUACACUAAAGGCCGGUGGCAAAAUUCAGGCACAAGAUGGAUCCCUGGCACAGAACAGCCAGGCACCCGAUGCGCGAGAGGCUCUGCUGUCUGGUCUAAUGCCUGGAACGGACGGAUUCACGAAGCUCGGUGAUGGUGCCGCUACUGCCGUCCCCCUCAAACUGAGCUUUGGAAAGAACAAGAAGAGAAGUGCCGCCGGCCCUGCUGUUAAGAACGUCACGGUCCACCAAGUGAAUGGAAAAGAUGCCAGUCUGAACAUGGUACCUCCUGCUGUCAAGUCGACACCCGCUGGUGUUGGUUUCGUAGACUUCAGCGAUGACUUUGGUAUUCCCGAGGAUGACGACGACGAGUUGAUCGAUGAGGAUACCCUGCUCACUGAGGAGGAUCUAAACAAACCUCUCGCUAUUCCUGCGGAAUGCGUACCUAAGGUUGGCAAGCGACGACGUGCUUGCAAGGACUGCACCUGUGGUCUGGCUCAGAAACUCGAGGCUGAGGAUGCAGCCAGGAGAAAGCAAGCUGAUUCUCAACUCCAGUCACUUAAGCUCGAAUCUAGCGAUUUGAACGAGGUUGACUUCACCGUCAAGGGCAAGGUUGGUUCGUGUGGCAACUGCUCGCUGGGAGAUGCCUUCCGCUGUGAUGGGUGUCCGUACAUAGGAUUGCCGGCAUUUAAGCCCGGCGAAGAGGUCCGACUGCUCAAUAACGUUGUGCAGUUGUAAAACCCCACCAAGCAUUACUCCGCCUCUCCUAUUUACCGACCCUUUUGGUCUUAAGAGGCAUAACGAAAUACUAAGCCAUAUAAGGCUACAAGUACAUUACUAGAACAAUUUCAUGAAUCACAUGGAAUUCAGCUCGCACUAUACUCAUGAGGAUAUUGGUGUUUGGGGGAUUCACAAAAGCAGAUCUGAAUUAUUUGGCACUCGAUUGGUGGCUUGGUAGAGGUGGUCACGUCAUAGGACAUCGGAUUAUUGGAAUGCAGAACUCAUCAUGGAUGCGAGUGCUCUCUUACAUAGGUUGAUAAAUACAAUUGAAUUUAUGGUUUCGGUCUAAAGU